GCUGUUGCAGUUCCUACCCGAGAACUUCACCAGAUACAGUCGCCACUUCCGGUGGUUGUUUGGCUAUCUAGUUGAAAUGAGGUGAAGCGCUAGCUAUAUAAAGACUAGCUUAAUUGCUUCAAUGGCAGGUUUAUUAAACGCGUAUACACACUGUAGAACAAGAAGAGCCCUCUAGGGUGUACCACCGGAUCAACUUCAUUUUCUUGCCACCGGACUAUGUUCAAAAAGAUGACUGAAUUUGGACCAGAUUCCGGCGGGCGAGUUAAGGGAGUAACCAUUGUGAAGCCUAUCGUGUUUGGGAACGUUGCCCGCUACUUUGGGAAAAAGAGAGAAGAGGAUGGACACACGCACCAGUGGUCUGUCUAUGUGAAGCCUUACAGAAAUGAGGAUAUGUCUGCUUAUGUGAAGAAGAUUCAGUUCAAGCUACAUGAAAGCUAUGGUAACCCACUGAGAGUGGUGACUAAACCCCCAUAUGAGAUUACAGAGACAGGCUGGGGGGAAUUUGAGAUCAUCAUAAAGAUCUUCUUCAUUGACCCAAAUGAGAGACCCGUGACUCUGUACCAUCUGUUGAAGCUGUUCCAGUCAGACUCCAGUGCCAUGCCUAAGAAGACAGUUGUCUCUGAAUUCUACGAUGAAAUGAUCUUCCAGGAUCCUACAGCCAUGAUGCAGCAGCUACUGACCACAUCGAGACAGCUCACACUCGGAGCAUACAAGCAUGAGACGGAGUUCAUUGAGCUGGAGCAGAGGACCAAGGAGAAAAUGGAUGCAGCAAAGAAGAGAACCAGCCAGGAGAUCGCAGAGCUGAAAGACAAGCUGAAAGCCAGCAGAGAGAACAUCAACCACCUGAAGACGGAGAUCAGGAAACUGGAGGAGGAUGGAGACCACAAGGAGCACUGAGAAAUGAAACACACUGAAUUAAAAAAAGAAAAAAGCAAGACGUAUUUUGUGAUUAUGUUUUCUACAUGUGUUCUGUGUGUUUUUGACACUCGGUGUCAAAAAAAUAACACUCAGUGUUAUAUACCCUAGAGAAGAGAUAGAAAUGACUUUCAAAAACUGUGCAUUGAAAAAAAUCUUUUGGAAUCUGUCCAGUAUUUUUUUUGGUUUAUUUUUUCUUUUUCUUUUUUUAUUGCAAUGAAAGACUUGUCCAUUCAUCUUGAUGUAGUUGAUCCUUCUGGUGUAGGUCUUUCCUUCUCCAGUGAAUCUGAAUAGAGGCCUAAUCGGCCAGAAUCAGUGAAGCAUCCCCAUAGUAUUCACGCCUACCAACAGAUUUGAAUGUGAAAAGCUUACUUGUUUUUUAUGCUCAUCUUGUGGUUUUCUAUAUAAACUUAAUGUUUACAGUA